AUGACAAAGAGCGUUGCGGUGGUGGAGGCUUCAUCGCAGCAGCUGAAAUUCACAACGUCCGACUCCUGUGACAGGAUCAAGGACGAGUUCCAGUUCCUUCAAGCACAAUAUCACAGCCUGAAGCUUGAGUGUGACAAGCUGGCCAGUGAGAAGUCAGAGAUGCAGCGUCAUUACAUCAUGUACUACGAGAUGUCCUACGGGCUCAACAUUGAGAUGCACAAACAGGCCGAGAUCGUGAAGAGAUUAAACGGGAUCUGUGCACAAGUCCUCCCAUACCUGUCUCAGGAGCACCAGCAGCAGGUCCUGGCAGCCAUCGAGAGGGCCAAACAGGUCACUCCCCCAGAGAUGAACUCCAUCAUAAGGCAGCAGCUCCAGGCCCACCAGCUGUCUCAGCUCCAGGGAUUGGCGCUGCCAAUGACCCCCCUGCCGCUGGGCCUGAGCCAACCCAGCCUGCCUGCCGUCACCACCUCUUCUGGCCUCUUCUCCCUCUCUUCCCUGCUGGCCUCCCAGGCGCAGCUGGCUAAAGAGGAGAAAGCUUCGCGCGACGCUGCCGAAAGCCACCGCGAAGAGGACGGCGACAAGUCUGACUAA